AUGGAUUCUCUCCAUGAUUUUAGCAGAGAACUAUCGAAAGUCAUGGACAAGAAAAAUUAUCUUGAUAUCAUUGAUGAUAACAAGUGGAAAACAGACAUUAUAUAUAAGUAUUUAGGAGGAAAUCAUGACGAAGAACGCCUUCUUGAUAUUAUUUCAAGCAGUGUACCUCCUGAGUCAAAUAUGAGAGAGAAAAUUAAUUCAAUUCUUGAAUUCAAACUCUUCCCUGCUCCAAGGAGAUUAUCAAAUUAA